UCCCGCCCCAGCUCCGCGUGGUGGUGGGCGGUGGCCGGGCCAUGUUGCUAGUGUUGCUGAGCCUGGCUGCUAUGUGCAGGAGUGCCCUGUCCCGAGAGCCGACUAUUCAGUGUGGCUCUGAGACAGGGCCAUCUCCAGAGUGGAUGGUCCAACAUACACUCACUCCGGGAGACCUGAGGGACCUCCGAGUGGAACUUGUCAAGACAAGUGUGGCAACAGAGGAGUUUUCAAUUCUGAUGAACAUAAGCUGGAUACUCCGGGCAGACGCCAGCAUCCGCUUCUUGAAGGCCACCAAGAUCUGCGUGAGUGGCAAAAACAACAUGCAUUCAUACAGCUGCGUGAGGUGCAACUACACAGAGGCCUUCCAGAGCCAGACCAGACCUUCCGGCGGCAAAUGGACAUUCUCCUAUGUCGGCUUCCCUGUGGAGCUGAGCACGCUCUAUCUCAUCGGGGCCCAUAACAUCCCCAAUGCUAACAUGAACGAGGACAGCCCUUCUUUGUCUGUGAACUUCACCUCGCCAGGCUGCCUAAACCAUGUGAUGAAAUAUAAGAAGCAGUGCAUUGAAGCAGGAAGCCUGUGGGACCCAAACAUCACAGCUUGUAAGAAGAAUGAGAAGACCGUGGAAGUGAAUUUUACAACCAAUCCCCUUGGAAACAGAUACAUGGUUCUCAUUCGACGGGACACGAUGUUGGGGGUUUCUAUAGUGCUGGAGAACAAACUGACGAGGACAUCUGUAGCCAUUCCGGUCAAUGAUGAGAGUGAAGGUGCCUUGGUUGAGCUGACCCCAUAUUUACACACCUGCGACAAUGACUGCAUUCGACGCAAAGGGACAGUGGUGCUUUGCUCAGAGACAAGUGCUCCCUUCCCUCCAGAUGACAACAGAAGCAUGCUGAGAGGCUGGCUGCCUCUCCUCCUGGUGCUGCUGGUGGCUACGUGGGUGCUGGCAGUUGGGAUCUACCUAACUUGGAGGAAAGGAAGGAGCACAAAGACAUCUUUUCCUAUCACCGCCAUGCUCCUGCCCCUUGUUAAGGUCCUGGUGGUUUACCCAUCCAAGAUAUGUUUCCAUCACACAGUCUGUCGCUUCACUGACUUUCUUCAAAACUACUGCAGAAGUGAGGUCAUCCUUGAAAAAUGGCAGAAAAAGAAAAUCGCCGAGAUGGGGCCUGUGCAGUGGCUUACCACUCAGAAGCAAGCAGCAGAUAAAGUGGUCUUCCUUCUUCCCAGUGACGCCCCUUCCCUUUGUGACAGUGCCUGUGGCCACAAGGAGGGCAGUGCCACGGAGAAUUCUCAGGAUCUGUUCCCUCUUGCCUUUAACCUCUUUUGUAGCGAUUUCAGCAGCCAGACUCAUCUGCACAAAUACCUGGUGGUCUAUCUUGGGGAAGCAGACCUCAAAGGGGACUAUAAUGCUCUGAGAGUCUGCCCCCAGUAUCAUCUCAUGAAGGACGCCCCAGCUUUCCACACAGAACUUCUCAAGGCUACGCAAAGCAUACCGCUGAAGAAACGGCCACAGGCCUGCCACGGCAGCUGUUCACCCUUGUAGUCCACCCAGGAGGAGAGGGACCCGAAGCCUUCCUACUCUACCUUCCAGUGACAAAACACUUUGUGACGACCCUGAAAUGUACUGUAUAGGCUGUGUGUAGGUAGUGCUAUGUACAGAACUUCUCUAAAACUGGAGUUUACAGUCAGAGCUUGAGCACAGAUGCCUGAGGCUAGUCAUUAGCUGGCUUUAUGAAGACAUUAGUGAGUGGAACCUAAAUGUUUGAAUAUACAAAGCCGGGUACUGAUUAUCACCAUGAACUCAGCACUCUGGCCAGGAAGGAAUGAGGCAUUUCCCAGUCAGGUGUCUGGUCUUACACUGCCCACGCUCUAUGCUGCACGUAGGACUGUGGACUCCUGAAGAUUUUAAUCUAUUAAUGAGUAACCCCUCUGGGAGGCUCUCACUAAUGUGUAGCUUCCUAAGAGAACAAGCCUAUUAAGCACAC